ACUCUCAUUUGGCAUCCAUCCAUCAAUCCAACCUUCAUCUUCCUCCCUACAAUUCUCUCCUUCUUCUCUUACUCUCUUGUUUCUUUUACUCUCUUUACAAUUCACUCACACUCAAUUGGUUCUCUAAAUAUUCAUAACUACUACUAAACUAAUUUUCAGAGGAACGAUGCAGAAGAUUAUAGUUUCCCUGGAUUUACACGACGACAGAUGCAAACAGAAAGCCAUGAAAUCAGUUUCUGGACUUUCAGGAGUUGAUUCAUUAUCGAUAGACAUGAAAGACAAGAAAUUAACAGUAAUUGGAGAUGUUGAUGUAACCCUAAUUGUGAGCAAACUAAGAAGACAUUGUCAUACAUCAAUAGUUUCAGUUGGGCCAGCUAAAGAAGCAGAGAAGAAGAAGGAAGAACCGAAGAAAGAGGCUACCAAUCAAAUAGUUGAUCUUGCUUAUGCUUAUAGACACUACAAUCCUCAUAUGACUACAUAUUACCAGAGUGUUGAAGAAAAUCCUAAUGCUUGUGUAAUUUGUUAAUUUCAUUUUUAUUCUUAAUGGGUUAGUUGUAGUUUCUAAAUUGGUUUGGUUGUUGAUUCAAAAUCUUGGCUUUAUAUCAAAUGUUAUUUUCUACAAGGGCAUUGGUUUUCAAGAACUUUCAUGAAAUUUUUCAAUAUAAUCUUUACAGUGUAAAAUUCGAUAAAGCUUACAUGGGAUGAAUGAAAGUA